AUGACUUCAGAAGAACAUAAAAAUGAAGAAAAACCAAUUGUUACAACUACAAAUAACACAAACUCAACUGAUUCAACAACAGAUGAACCAAAAAAUUAUUCAGCUGAAACCAAAGAAAUACUCAAUAAAGAUGAAUUGAGCCAACAAGAUUUAAAUCAAAUCGAAAAUAUCGCAAAAGGUGUGUUAAAUCCAAAUAAUGAAAAUCCUCAAAUGAAUGAAUAUAUCAAUUCCACCAUGUCUUAUAUUGGUAACGUGCUUCAAAAAAUGCAAAACACUAAUGAUAAAGAUGCCACAGCUAAGGAAAUUGCCGAUGAUUUGACUAAAAAAUUUGAGAAUUGGGCUAAUAGUAAAAAACAAGAAAUUGAAGAAUCAAAAACCAAACCUGCAGAAGAUCCUUCUCCAUCAAAAGUUGAAUCUGAUUCAAAUUCAAGCAGUGUUAAUGAAAAGACUUCGGAUGACGUGAGUAAAAAAUAG